GGUUGCGCGCCACAGCCUGAGCUCGGGCGUACGUAUCCCUCUGGGCCACGCCAAGUGUCAGCAACAAGCACCGAACCCCACUCCUCCCCGCGCUCCUCUCCUCUCCUGCUCCCGAGACCAUGGCGGCGACGCCUCCUGCCGCCGCCGCCGCCGCCGCCGCCGCCGCCGCGGGCGGGGCGCACAGCGUGUUCGUGUACGGGAGCCUCAUGGCGGACGAGGUGGUCAGCGCCAUCCUCAAGCGCAUCCCGGUCUCCUCCCCGGCGCUCCUCGCCAACCACCAUAGGUUUAACGUCAAGGAUCGUAUUUAUCCAGCAAUCCUACCUGUUGAAAGCAAGAAAGUUGCUGGAAAGGUUAUCAUGGGUAUUUCUGACGCGGAACUCAUUGUCUUGGAUGCAUUUGAGGAUUUUGAGUAUGUAAGGAGAAGAGUUCAGAUAUCACUAACCGAUACUUCAGAGACAAUGCAUGCUGACACUUAUGUAUGGAGUGAUGCAGAGGAUCCAGAUCUGUAUGGUGAAUGGGAUUUCGAGGAGUGGAAGAGGGUUCACAUGAAGGAUUUCCUAACGAUGACACUCGGAUUCAUGGACGGACUCGAACGGCCCGAACCGAAGACCCAGGUCGAGACCUAUCAGUCUUUCAUGCACGAGCAUGAACAACCUGAAUCAGGAACCCAGGUCAAGAGCUGAGUUAGGAUCCGAUUCAUCAGUGUGCUGUAAUAGCGUUAUCCGAAACAGUUUAUAUCCUCAGAUUUGUGAAUAAGAUCUUUAUAGGAUCAUUCUCACUGAAACAAGUUCGAAUACAAUCUCUUCUGUGAGACCCCUGAUGAUGCAAGUAGUGAUGUGUAUCAUAAUAAAAGCUUUUCUGCUAGAAUUGAGAUGAAA